AUGGCGGACUUUCUGCCGUCCCGGUCCUUUUUAUCUGUCUGUUUUCCCAACUGUCUCCUUACGAGCGGCGAGGCCGAACAGCUGCGGAAAUCCAAGGAGAUAGACAAGUGCCUCAACCGAGAUAAGACGUAUGUAAAACGGCUGGUGAAGAUCCUGUUACUCGGAGCUGGUGAGAGCGGCAAGUCCACUUUCCUCAAGCAGAUGCGCAUCAUCCACGGGCAGGACUUCGAUCAGAGGGCCAAAGAAGAGUUCAGAGCCACGAUUUUUAGCAACGUUAUAAAGGGUAUACGGGUGUUAGUGGAUGCUCGAGAGAAGCUUCACAUUCCAUGGGGUAACCCAUCAAACCAACGACAUGGAGAUACCAUGAUGGCAUUCGAUACCCGCACAGCCAUGGCUCAUGGCCAUGGCAUGGUUGAGACCAAGGUCUUCCUGCACUAUUUCCCCUCCAUCCGUGCACUUUGGGCUGACGAGGGCAUCCAAAAUGCCUACGACCGCCGACGAGAGUUCCAGUUGGGGGAAUCAGUCAAGUAUUUCCUGGACAAUUUGGAAAAGCUUGGACAGUCGGACUACCUGCCUAGCCAACAGGAUAUCCUUCUGGCCAGAAAGCCCACCAAGGGCAUCCACGAGUAUGACUUUGAAAUCAAAAACGUGCCAUUCAAGAUGGUCGACGUCGGUGGCCAGCGCUCAGAAAGGCGGCGCUGGUUUGAAUGUUUUGACUCGGUCACCUCCAUCCUGUUCCUUGUUUCCUCCUCAGAGUACGACCAGGUGCUGAUGGAGGACCGACAGACCAACCGACUCAGUGAGUCUCUCAACAUUUUUGAGACAAUCGUCAACAACCGUGUAUUUAGCAACGUCUCCAUCAUCCUCUUCCUGAACAAGACGGACCUGCUGGAGGAGAAGGUCAAACAGGUGUCAAUCAGGGACUACUUCCCCGAGUUUUCGGGAGACCCUGCGAGCCUGGCCGAUGUUCAGCGCUUCCUGGUGGAGUGCUUCCGCAACAAGCGGCGCGAACAGCAGCAGAAACCACUCUACCACCACUUCACCACGGCCAUCAACACGGAGAACAUUCGCCUGGUGUUCCGUGAUGUCAAGGACACCAUCCUGCACGACAACCUCAAGCAGCUCAUGCUGCAGUGAGGGAAGGAGUAGAUGGGGAAGAAGGGAAGGUAUGGGGGGAUGGGAUGGGAGGCAAGGAGCAUAAUGCCCCUGCACACACCCCCCCCCCCAGCCUUUCUACUGUGGCCCACCCACUCUUGACUUGGAACUUUUAAUGUAAAGUGUAUUAAAGCCACCACUACCACCGCCACCACCGACCCUUCCCCACAUUCUCUUCGCCCUGCAGCCUCAAUGAGCUGGUUCAACAUGAUCUCCAGCAGCCACUGUAAAUGUCUUCUUCCUUAGCCACCCCAGCUUGCAGCCUUGCUGGGACUUUACCAGCAGGGAUCUGUCCUACCUUUUUUCAUGUAGAUCUCUAUAUAUUUUCUGUCUCACCCAUUCAGAAUGUCGUCAGUCUGUGCCACAAAGCAGGUGGAGAUAUUAAGAGGGUUUUGUGUUGCUGGCUUAACUCUAGUGGCCUUCAUGUAUUGGGGGGGCUUUACAUUUUUCAUCCACUAAUAAUACCCAUUAUGCUUCCUUCUCUUCUAAAAGCAGUCCAGCAGUCAACAGGGAGAACUUGGCCAACACACACACACACACACACACACACACACACACACGGGUUUACAUUUCUGUUAGGGGAUUGCUAAUGGACAUUGUUAUAGCACACGCAGGUAGACCACUGGGAAAACUGAAUCACUUUGUUUGGGUAGCUUGUGAAGGGCUACAAGUCAGUCAUAUAUUUGGCUAAUUCUCAGGGCACACUGUGAACCACUUAUUUUUUAUUUUUGAAGGAAUGAUGUUGUGCCUAUGCCCUUAAACACAUAUAUACACACAAAAUGGGGGUCAAAGAUGGUUUCCUGUCCUCUGUCCUCUAAAUUUCUCCAUCCAACUCCACCACACACACACACUCUCUCUCUCUCACUCUCUUGAGUCCCUUGCCUUUUUACAAGCCCUGUGGAAUCUCACAUCAUGGCCCAGUUUGUAUCUCUGCACCAGGGGACUAGGUAGAGGUAAACGGUUGUCUCUGUCCUUAUUUAUUGUGUCUCUUGUCCCCUUUGUGAAGCCAUAGUAUGGCUUGUAGCCUUAACUGUCCCAUAUUGGGUAACUAAUGAGUGAAUAGUGCUCAUUCUGCAUCUUUGCCUCUUUCUUUUGCCUCUUUCUAUCUCUGAUGUGCCAGCUUAUUUUCCUAAAAGGUACCUGUUAUCCUGCCAAUGACCCUUGUUCAGCUGUCUCUCCCCUCUUUCACGUGUCCUUGGUAGAAACAAAAGGGAUAGAGCCAGCCUGUGUAUUACUAGUGAAAUUCACCGAUCACUUAGUUGACAAGUAGCAUCAAUUUGGAAGUCGGUGUAACACAUGUUUAUAAAUUUGUACAGCCCAGUUUUGUUCUUCCAAUACGAUUUCUAAUGUGUGUUUAUAUAUAGCUAUGUAGCUCUUUCACCAGUUUCACUCGCAUUUCUAACCGCUUUCUUACAUUCCACAUAUGUAUCCGUAUGUGCGACUCUGGGUGCUUUGUUCAUUUUUUAUUUUAUUUUUUUAAAUCAGCUUUACUGGCAUCACGCACCAGUCCAUCUGUUCUUCCAUCUCAUUGAUGGCAUCUCCAUUUGGCCAAAGAUGCCGACGUGUAAAUUCUACACAGGCACACACUGUGCUUUGUCAUUUUGAUGACAUAAAUGUCCCUUCCAAGUACAUUCCAGUACAACACACUGUCCGAACUGAGACGGUGCAUUAUGUACCUACUUCGGCAUAAAGGCUUGUUGCCAGACCUCAGAAGAGAUGCCACCAUUGAAUCUACUAGAAAGGUGUGGCUAGUUCAAGAUCACACACCAAACAGUCAUACCAGAGUAGGUUUGCAUCUAUCACUUGGUCGCCUUCAUCAGUGCUGAACAAACAGAUUUUUUUUUAGAAAAAUCUACACAAACAUCCAAAGAGUAUAUGGUGGCAUAUACAUUUGCAGAUAGUAGCACCAACAUAUUUCUGACUGAUGCCACAUUUUCAGAGCCCAACCCUAAGCCUUAAGCUUGCACAGCUCUUCAUGGACCCUUUGUCUGGGAGUAAGUCGUCAUUAGAACAAGGCUUCUAUGUUCAGCGGUAACAGUCAGUGUUCUGGGUCUGAGUCAGAUGCCUCAGGCCUCUCUUGGCCACAGCCUCAUUAGAUUCUCAUGAGUCAGAGACAGCAGUCUCCCAGAGCAUCCUCCCUGAGCCAGUAUUACAUCUCCACUCUGAAUUUAUUCUCUUAGAGGAUGGGAUGGGUAAGAGGAUCUAUUCUGCAAUUGUUGUUGGGGAUUGGGUGAGAGGUACGGGUAGUCUUGAUGCCUUUAUUCAUUUAGUUCUUACAAAGCUUCACACUUGAGCGGUGUUUAACCUGCUCUGCCUCAGUUUUUAUCAAAGCCUGAGUUUGAAUUAAAAUGCAAGAUGUGAAAAAAUGCCUUAAAUAUGUUACAUUCUCUAAUGUUUUGAAUUUUCCUGCGAUAAUGCCCAGGGCUUUGAUAUUACACUGCAUCCUGUGUCCUGUGAAUAUCUGUGAAUUUUUUUUCCUUUCUUUCAUCACCACUGAUGUAUGAGUCUGGUUACCUGAGUUGUCUGGUUAUUUAGUGGGGAAAAUUGCCAAGGGCUGUCUUUUUUUUUCUCUUCAAAGACUGUUGAGGCUUAAUCUGAAUAUAUGUGAGAAAUCUGUGUCAGCACCUAGGUAGUGUGAGAUAUGCAACAACACUGCUCCACAGUGAAGACAUGAAUAGUAAUAUGCACAUUAAGAAGAAUAAUGAAAUGGAUCAUUACUUUCUUCAAUUGCAGAAGUCUUAUUGUAAACUUUUUCAGCCCAUGCAAUCAGGUCAGUUGAUGUAAGUAAAUCUGCCAAAAACACUGAAGUCUAGUGCCUCUUGUUCCAAUCUCUGCGCCCCCCCCUUUCUUUUUUAAAGUUUUUAUACACAAGACUUUCAAAUUUUGCCACAGAAGCGGUUUUAUUUCCUCAUAUCAAGAUAACUCAGAUAAUGCAGAGUUCAAACCUUUUCUCUUCCAACUUGAUAUUUUUGGAAAGACAAGCUUUCACUGUACAGUCUAACUUAUGCUGUCUUACCAUUUUACUCAAUAAAAAAUAA